CUGCUAGGACACCGCCGCAGCUGAUGAUCACUGUGAUUCCUAUGUCGCUUCCUUCAUGCCGCCAGAUGCAGAAAGCCAUGGAAGAACCCAUGGUGCGCAUCGGUGACCAGAUCAUCCUGGAAGAAGAUUACGAUGACACCUAUGUUCCCAGUGAGCAAGAAGUCCAGGAUUAUGCCCGGACGAUCGGGAUUGACCCCAAGAAGGAGCCGGAGCUGCUGUGGUUGGCCAGGGAAGGCAUCGUGGCCCUGCUUCCUCCUGGGUGGAAGCCUUGCCAAGACAUCACUGGUGAGAUCUAUUACUUCAACUUUGCUAAUGGCCAAUCCAUGUGGGACCACCCGUGUGAUGAUCACUACAGAAAGCUUGUCAUUCAGGAGCGAGAGAAGCUGCUGGCGUCUGGCAGCUUGAAAAAGAAAGAGAAGAAGAAGAAAGAUAAGAAAGAGAAGAAGAGCAAGAAGGAGAAGCAGUCAUUGAAGAAGCUUGCUCCCGCAGGCAUGCUGCUGGCACCCGUGCAGGUGCCCCCGGGGGGCCUGGCCCCGCUGCGUGGGGUCCCAGCACCCCUGCUCCCCAGCCUGCGCCCCAGCCCGCUCCCCCUGCAGCUUGGCAGCCCCGCGCCCGCCGGCCUCGUCACCAGAGCAGGGACACAGCCUGCAGAGACCUGUAAGGCUGCCAACCAGAUGAAGAAGUUGCUGGACUUGGUCUGCGAAGAGGAGAGUUCCUUCAACCCAGGGGCUGUAGAUAAAAGGAGAAGUGAAGAGGAAGGAAGUGAAAAUGAGAGCUCCUAUGAGACACGAGGACUGUUCAAAAACCUGCAUGUGGAUGUCAGUGCCCUGGGAGGCAGCUUUGACUCUGAGGAGAAGAGCAAAGCAGAGGAGCAAUACUGUGGCAGUUGGGUAGCUGAUGCUGCUGAUGCUGCUGAUGCUGACCUCCAGCACCGAAGGAGCCCUGCAGAAGAAUCUGGCAGCCUGAGGGAGAAGGAGUCUGUAAAAUCCAGACAUGCUGAAGAAGGGCAAGAGUUUUCCUUGGAUUCCGAUGCUGCGUGCCCUCCGACUCCCAUUGAAGUCGUUCUUGGCGAUGCUGACAGCAGCCUGUCUGACCACGACAAGGACGAGUCUGGUGGGAAACACACUGGGAAUGACCUACUGGGCAAGCCUGAUCCUGAGGUGGAAUGUGACAUCUCUGCUGCUGCUGAGCUGCUGCAGUCCCUGCAGAAAAGGAGAGCAGCAGGGGUAGAUACUCCCAGUGGUCCUGGGCCACCUCGAGCUGCAUGUCCAGCUGCUGAACCUGCUGAGGAAGAUCAGGUAAACCUGGCUUCUCCCAUUGGUCCCCUGUCUGUUGGUGAAGAGAUGGUGAAUGAAAUGAGGGAAGAAGCAGCAACUGAUCUGGAAACAGAUGGCAAGCUGGAUCCUGGCGAAGCAUCAGAGGCCAGCAACUGUGUGGAGGACUUGCAAGUCUCUAACUGCUUGGACCGUGAGGUGAUUUGGCCUGUGGGCAUCAAGAACUGGCUUUCUGAGCAGGUAGCAGAUGUGGAGGAUCUGUCUGCUGCUGUGGACAACCCCAUGUGCAAGGCCCAGGAGCUGGGAGAAGAGGAAAAAGACCAAAGCAAAGCAAGUAUAGAGGAAGAGCAAAGCAAAAGAACAAAAGCUGCCGAGAGCGAGAGGGAUCAGAGUCCUUGUGAGGCACCGCAGGAGAAGAGGUUUGCUUUAGAGACCCCUGAUGUGGAGGAGGCCGUGGCAGCGGAGUCAGAGGAGGGCUCGCUGGAUAUCCCAGGCAGUCUGGAGGAGCUUGCUGCCCCACAAGAAGCGCAACCUGAGGAGCAACCUGAACACGAGCAGUCCUUGAACCAGCCUAGUGAAGAGUCCCUGGAGGGAGCAGCCGAUGAGCUGGAGCACAGGCAAGAGAUAACACACUUAUUGCAAGCACAGGAGGAGAAAAGUCAGCAGUUCCAGGAGGAGAUGAGGCAGCCGGAGGAGGAGGAGGAAGCUGAGAAGCUUCGUCAGCAAAAAGAAAAAUCCCUCAGGGCUCUACGGGAAGAUUUGGCAAAGGUCUCUGAGGAGGAAGAGCUGCGUAUUAGAAAGGAAGAAACUGAGAGACUCUCAAAGCUGCGAGCUGAAAUUGCCUCCGAGACCAAAGCAGAGGAGGAGAAGAUAAGGGCAGAGCAAGAGGCCACACUGCAGAAACUAAGAGAAGAGUGGGAAUUCCAGCAGGUGAUGGAGAAGGAGAGCCUGGAGAGGAAGCAGCAGCUUGUUUUGCAGCAAGUGAAGCUGGAAAUGGAGGAAGUUCAGCAGAAAGAGAUGACCAAGCUGGAGCAUGAGAAGGACCAAUCCCUGAGAGAGCUCAGGUUGAGAUUAGAUGGGGAAAAGAAGAAGGCAAUGGAAGAGCUGGAGGAGGAGUUUGCAAGUGAACUUCGGCAGCUGAAAUCGGCAGCAGAAGAGAAGCACCGUAAGGUCAUUUCCAGCCUGCAGACCCAGAUAGCAGAGGCACAGAGGAGAGAGGAGGCUCAGCUGCGGGAAGACUUGCAGAGAGCAGAGCAGAAAGUGCAGCUGAAAGCCUAUCGACUGACAGAAUACGAGCACGAGCUCAGCGAGCUGAUGAGAGAGAAACGCCAGGAAGUGGAGAAGGACCAUGAGAGGAGAAUGGAGAGGAUGAAACGGGAGCAUCAGGAGGCUCUGGCACGGGUUCAGGAUCAGUAUGAGGAGGAGGAGAGGAAGCAAAGAGCAGAGCUGCAGGAGGGCCUGCAGGGCGAGCUGGGGCGCCUGCGGCAGCGGCAUGAGCUGGAGGUGAAGGCGCUGCAGGCAGAGCUGGGCGAGCGGCUCGCGGCGCUGCAGCACAAGCACCGGGAGAAGGAGAGGGAAGUGCAGGAGUUGGAAAGCGAGCUGGAGAUGCGCAUGAGGAACGCGCAGACCAGGUCAGCACAGCUCCUGAGCCAGGAGGAGUCUCUGAGGAAGAAGAGGCAGCAGCUGCUGGAGGAAGACAGGCAGGCGAAGCUGGAGCGAGACGAAGCUGCUUUAGCCUCUCAGCUCCGGCUAGAGGAGAGCAGGAAGGAGCAUUCCAGCCUCCUGGAGUCUAUCCGGCAGCUGCAGAAGUCUGUGGAAGAGCUCCAGGACAAGAAGGCUGAGCUGGAGGCUCAGGUGGAUUUGCUGCAGACCCGAAAGCAGAGGCUGCAGAAGCACAAGAGUGAGCUGGACGCAGCCAUCAGAAGCAAACAGGACACUUUGAAACAACUGGAGGCAGAAGAAAGUGUGGAAUCUCCAAAGGAGGAAGCUGAGCUCCGUGCUGAAGACCUGAGGGAAGCUAGUCAAGCUCACUCAUCUGGAGAGCCUGUUUCCCCGCCUGCCCAAAGCCAUGAGGACAGUGACCUGCAGGUUGAUCAUGUCAGGAGCUACAUCUCUGCGGAAGGGAUCUCCAUCAGGAAUGCCAAGGAGUUCCUGGUGACCCAGACCCGCUCCAUGAAGAAGAGGCACAUGGCACUGAAAGCUGCAAAGCAGCAGUGGCACCAGGACAUGCAGAAGGCCCAGGAGGUGGUGCAGGAUCCCAAGAGCUCCCAGCACCUGGAGGGCAUGCGCAAGAACCUGGAAGAGGAAGCCAAGCAGUUGGACAAGAUGAAGUCUGCUAUGCGGAAAGGACAGGUACUGCUCAAGAAGAAAGAAGAGAAGCUGAGCCAGCUGGAGUCCUCGCUGCUGGAGGAGCUUUCAGAUGAAGACACUCUGAAGAGUGCUGCAUGCAAGAAGAUGGUGACUUUUGAUCUCAGCGACUCUGAGGAUACAAACAGCCCAUCCAGUGUAAAUGUAAAUCAGCCUGAAUUUGAUUUGAGAGCUGACUUGCAGGCUGUCCCCGAGCCAGACAAGGUCAGGUUCCUGACAGAGUCUGUGACGCGUAUCUCUAGUGAACUCAACAGGGUCCUUGGUGUCUUGGGCUCUCUGAGCAGCCAGCAGUCUCCACUCUUCACCUCGACGCCUUGUGACAGCACCCCUGUUUCCACAUGUACCUCCUUGCCAGGACUUCAUGCGGGAGGCUCCCGGCUGCCCCCGCCAAGGACGUCUUUGGCUGACCAGUUGUCCUGGAGCUCUGGGCUGAGCUCUAGUGACUCUUUGGCAGCUGGACGCUCAGUGGACAGCAUCCUGGCAGACAAAUGGCACAGGUACUUCCCAGGUGGGUUCCCAUCGCACUCUGGAAGUUCCAGGCUUCUGGACAACAAGCUGGGAUAUGUACCUGCAGAGGAGCAAAUCCGGCUGUUGCAGCGCUCCCAGUUCCAGAGCUGUGAGUCAGACAGGACAAGUAUUGAAGGAAUGAUUGGGAUGAACAAGAAAUGGCUGAAAGACUUCACGAGGGAAUCAAAACUGCCUCCCUUCUCAGGGGCACAGAACCCCCCUGCCAGCAGCUCCAGCGUACUUCAGCUAAGACUGGAUGAAAACAGGCAAAUCAAACUCUACCAUUACUAAAGGGUGGGCCUUGGCUCUGCAGGGAUGGUGGCGGGGGCCACACAUUGGUUCCUGUGAUCCCCAACCAUCUCUGCUGCACCUCUGUGCUGUGCCCUUGAAAUAAAGUCUUUUUCCAAGAGAGCGGAGGAAGGAGGAAGUGAACUUCCCAGGUGGAUUCUUCUAAUCCUGUAAUGUGUCCAAAUAUGCUUUAUAGACUGUUUAAUCCA